UGUGUGUGUUUUUUUGCGAGUGUGUGAGCUGCGGUAGUGUGCUCGCCGGCUAAAAAAGCACCAGCCGUUUCUGUCAGUGUGGCGUUACUUCUAUGCAUCCUCCUUUUUCUGUCUCAUCUUUUGUUUUCCUGUCUUUUUUUCUCCUCUCUGCAGAAGCCGGCCCCCCCUCAAGCUCUCUUUGCAGACAAAAAGCUGCUCGCCAGGUCUGAGUAGACGCUUCAACCCAGCACUCGUCUGUUUCACCCAUCAGUGAAGACAGCUCGUCAAGUUAGGUGACCCGUCCCCUCCCCGGUGUCCCAGCAGGCAGGCAUGGCAGACGGUCGGCAGCCAGACGAGCACUGGGCCUCCAACGGCCAAGAGAACGGCGAGAACGGCUACUCCGCCUACAGCGCCGCCUACAGGGAGAACGGAUACCACGGCGGGGCGGCCGCACAUCCUGGAGCGACAGUGGAUGACUCAGCCAAUUUGCCUCCCUCCCCUCCCCCCUCUCCAUCCGCUGAGCAGAUUGGGCCCGUGGCACAAGAAGAGAAAGUAGAGGUUGUGAGUCAACAGCAGGAUGAGGAGGAGGAGGAGGAGGAGGCUCCAGGGGAGCCCAUCAGUUACCAGGAGGAAGUGGCAUAUGAGCAGCCUGGAGACUUACUCUUAGAGCAGACAGAUUAUUUAACAGAGCCCCAGGCUUUGGGCUACCAGCAAGCCCAGACACCUGAGGUCCUCAAUGGGGGAAGUCAUCAAGGUGACCACAGCCCGUCACAAAAAGCCCCGCCAGAAGAAUGUGUCAGUAAGGACUCUUGUGAGUCUGCUAUGAAAGAAGAUGACUCUCAAGUGGCGUCGCUGCAUGAGAAGCAGUCGGCAGUUGAAAGAGCAACACCUGAAGGCGCAGAGCUCGCCUCGACUGAACCUCCUCCUCCUCCCUCGGUGAAAGAAAAAGACUUCUCUGACACCUCCUCAAUUGAGCAAGGUAACCAAGACAGAAAGGAUGUAGCAGAGGAGGCUGCUGAGAGCCACCCGCUUGAAGAGUCCAAAGAAAAAGAAGCAGAACAACCUGAAUUAAAAGAGGAGUCAAAUCUUAAGGAGGAAGACAAAGAAGGAGUUAUCUUACCAAGCGAAUCGGGGGUCCCUAUGAGUGAAAGUGAGGAACAACCAGGUGUGGUUGAGGGGACCAAGAAGGAGGGCCAAGAUAGUGGCAGUGACAGUAGAUUGCCUCAGACAUCAAUGAUUGACGUUCAAACAGGGGACCAAAGUCAAGAAACAGUUGAGUCAAGUCCAGAAUCUGGCACAGAGUUGAAAGCGACAUCAGAUAUUUCUGUAGAACAAGAGUCCGGGGCAAGUACCUACUUUGAGACAUCCUCAAAAAGCCAGGAAGAGGAGUCAUCACAAACCCAGAGUUAUUAUGAACUCAGCACAGCAGCAGAAAAAAACUUAAGUGAGGAAACUAAAAGCAUUGUGCAGAAGCUUGAGGAACAACAGGAGAAACAAGCAAGAACAUCUACUGUUAAGAUGUCCCUAGAACAAAGAAGCCUCUCCCUGAACAUUACUGUUGGGUCUUCGGCAGGACAGAUAUUGAAGGGAGAUAAGUCAAGGACCUUGUGUCCAAUCAGUGGAAGCUUUGAUGAAUCUGAGGUUUACCCUUCAACACCAUCCCUGGAGAGCCAACAGCAGUUUCCUCCAGCUGUCUCGAUUACACCAACUACCACAGAAUCACCUGAAGAAACCCCCACCAAGGUGGACACACCUGUUCCUUCUGAUAAGCACAAAUGUUUUGAACAUUCAGGCAGCAUCUCAGAGAUGUUGGACCUGGCUGGAGAUUUGCCUCGGCUGUCAUUAGAGAAGAGGGAGGUUGACCCCAUGAGACGAAAGUCUGUUCCCGCCAAUGUAUCGGCACUGGUGGGAAGUUCUUUGGCCAAACUCGCGUUGGAAGAUCAAACUUCAAGAGUGGUGGGAGGGGAAAGCCAGCUGGAGGAAAUCGGAUACUGUGUCUUCAACGAGUACUCAGGGCCCAUGCCUUCUCCUGCUGAUGUACCCAGUCCUGGGGACUCUCCACACCAGCAUUUCCCUUCUAUGGAGAGUGAAGUUGAGGAGGAUGUCACAGAAGUUGUUCAAAAGGGAACUCAACAACAAGAUCAUAAAGAAAUCAUUCCUGAGAUUACUCAAAAAACUGUGUUUGAAAAGAAAGAUUCACCAGUAAAGAGUAACCUGCUUCUUGAAAAAGCUGUGCCAAGUGGAGUAAAACCUGAUCGCCUAAGAAUCCCAAUGAAUUCUUCAAAAGACAGGCUGACUGAGUUUCGUUUGGAGAGUGGCCUGCCUGGUGACAUAAAGAUCAUCGCAAUCCCAGAGGUAGACAUUGAAAAAGACCCGUCCAGAGAGGCUUCUCCAAUCCCACCAGACAGUUCCUUUACUUUCACUACAAUAGAAACUGGAAGUAAGAUUCCCCAAACUCCCACCACUCCGAAGUCCCCAGACGUUACACCCUCAGAAACUCAAGUCACUGGAGAAAAACCAGGGAAAGAUGUCCUAUUGGAGGUCAAAUCAGAGAACGAUCCGGAGAUUGAGAGGACUGAUGAUAGACAAGCAGAGUUAGACAUAGAAAUGCAGAAAUCUGAGGGAUCUGAGGGAAGAAGGGAUGAACCAGAAAUGGCAAACACAGACAUACCUUCAGCAUCAUCUCAAUCUUUAGGAGACAUUUCAGAAAAAGAUGAUAAGAUUCAAAGUGAGCAUGGAACACCUACAAAAUUUGAAAAAGUAGAAAAGCAAGACUCCUCAAAAGCUGUUCAGGGUUUAAGCACCAAAGAGCCCUCAGAUCAGAAAGUUGCUCAAAUCCAUUUACAGGAGGUGACUCCAGAUAAAGUUGCACCAAAGCCACCAAUAACUUCCCCAGUUAUCAUAAUACCUCAAGCACAAAUAGAGGAAGAAGUAGAUGAAGAGGAUGAUAUUGAGAUUGCUGAAGAACCUCAAGAGGUAAUGGAGGAAAUUGAAAUGCCAAAGAGUCCGAUCACGGUAAGGCUGUCGGUAGGUGAUCAGAUGGCAGAUGAAGAUCCCAAGUCUGGAACAGAAGAAUGGAGUCACAGUGCAAUAAACAGUGAUGAUGGGGAAUGUGCGACGGACAGUUCACACUUGUCUCCAUGCUCUGAUCAUGAUCCACCACAGCAACAGGAUGAAGGAGGUAGAGAUGGUGGGGUAGGGGAGGAAAAAGUAGAAGACGACACACAAAGAAGUCUGGAUGAAGGGUUGAAAGAGGAAGGUGAGGUGGUAAAGACAGACCAAACAGAGGAGCAGCAGGUGGAGGAAUCUGGUUCAGAUGGGGUAGGCGAAGAGAAAGAGAAGAAAGCAAUGGUUGAUGAGGUAGAGGAGAAGAUCAGUGAGGAGGUGGAGCAGGACAAAGACAUUGAGAUUGGUCAGGAGUUGGAAGAGACCUCUGCUGUGAUCUGCCAGACGGGUCAGGCAGCUAACGAUGAAACCACCAUGGACAUCUCCGUCCUAGAUACAGACAGUGGCUGGAUGGACUCACAAGAUGAUGACAAAAGUAUCAUGACUGAGCAAAUCGAAGCCCUUCCUCAGGUCCAGAGUCCUACCAGUACACCUGUGGUGGACAGACCCGCUAAACGGGCCCCUGGCAGAGGAAGGGGCCACCCGGGCACCAUUGAGAGUAAAGUAUCCCGCAAAGUACCGAGCCACCAUCCGCCAAGAGAGGAGAUGAAGAAGAAAAAAGUAGCUGUGAGGAGGGCUGAACAGAAUAAGGUGUCAGCCCUCCAAAAUCGCUCUCCAUCUCGAAAGAGUGUAGCCAAAGUGGCAGCCAGACAUCCUAGGCCCGCUCUGCUUCACGGCUCUGCUAGACGCAAGGCCACAGGUAUGGAAAGCCAUCAGCCCCUCAGUGUGGCCCACCAGUCCAGGGAGAGGACCACUGAGAGAGCGUACCGCAGCCCGGAGAAGAGGUCGUCCCUGCCGAGGCCGGCCAAGUCUCUGACGCGCCACAUCCCUGCUGCUGAGCAGGACGACAGCGCCCCCUGCAGGCCCACCUCGAUCCAGUCCAGAGGGGACAGCAGGUCUGGGAGGGCCCCUGGUAUGGCAGGUACAGAGUCGGCACGUUCCCGUUCAGUCCGCAGCGGCGCCUCCACCCCCGGCUCCACUGCCGUCACCCCCGGCACGCCACCCUCCUACUCCUGCCGCACCCCCGGCUCUCGCACCCCGGGCAGCCACACGCCCAAGUCCUUCAGCGUCCUCCAGGAGAAGAAGGUGGCGGUGAUCAGAACCCCGCCCAAGUCUCCAUCCUCCGCCCAACGGCAGCUGAAGGUCGUCAACCAGCCGCUGCCCGACCUGAAGAAUGUAAAGUCCAAGAUCGGGUCCACCUCCAACCUAAAGCACCAGCCGAAAGGAGGAAUGGUCAUGAUUCCUAGUGUGAAACUGGACUUCAGCCACGUUCAGGCUAAAUGUGGCUCCCUGGACAAAAUCCAACACGCAGCAGGCGGGGGAAACAUCCAAAUCCAGACCAAGAAGAUCGACUUGAGCCACAUCACCGCCAAAUGUGGCUCCAUGUCCAACAUCCGCCAUAGACCAGGAGGCGGCCAUGUGCGCAUCGAGAAUGUGAAGCUGGACUUUAAAGACAAGGCCCACGCCAAGGUCGGCUCGCUCAGCAACACCAGCCACACUCCUGGAGGAGGGAACAUUAUGAUCGAGAGCCACAAGCUGAGCUUCCGGGAAUCGGCCAAAGCUCGGGUGGAUCACGGCGCUGAAAUCGUGGUCACCCACUCCCCCGGGGUGGAGACGGGCGGCACCUCCCCUCGCCUGUCCUCCUCCGGCAGCAUCAACGUCCUGGAGUCCCCCCAGCUCUCCACUCUGGCCCAGGAUGUCACCGCUGCCCUGGCCAAGCAGGGCUUAUGAGCUGGCUGCUUAGGAUCCCUCCACACCGUGACUCCUCUUCCCAUCAAUCUCAUCCAUCAUAAGCAUCCAGUGUUCUCCCUAGGUCCUCCACUGCAGCACCACCCCUCACAUUGACCCGCAGUUGUAGUUGAUUGACUGUCUCGUCCAUCAACGACCCCUCCAGCCCUUCCGGCAGAAUCUAAAAAACUGAAAUCUUCACUCACCCUUAAAGGGACACGCCCAGUCACUCUUUAUUUCUCAUUUUUGUUCACUCAAAUAUGGACUUUUCUGUUUCGUUCUAGAUAGGCUUGUAGAACCUGAUAAUGUAAUAAAUUCCCGAUAAUGUAAUAACCCCGAUAAUGUAAUAAAAAUCUGCACUUGACUCCAUUGAAAAUGUAAUAAAACCUGAUAAUGUAAUAACUUCCCGAUAAUGUAAUAAAGUGCAUUUUCCAAUAAUGUAAUACUCUUUUUACCAAUAAUGUAAUAAAGUAUAACAUUAAUGGAAGGUUUUUGAUCAAAUCAAAUAUGGCGGAUAAUCCAAUAUGGCCGAAAAACCUCAUUGAGGAUGCAUUGAGCUCGGAUUGGCCCAAGGGUUCCGGUGAUACGUCCUUUGUGAAAAACGGAUGAACGAUAUCAGGUUAGCCUUCAUUUCCCAAGUCCUGAUAAUGUAAUAAUUCCCCAAUAUUGUAAUCAUUUAACAGCAGACCACCCAUUACUUGGGUUCCAGUGGUGAUACUGUGUAUCAACUCUAGCU